AGGUGGCAAUAAUAAUGAUGUAGCUGGCCCUGAGCGAGGGAAAAGGAAGGAAGGCUUUGAGGAAGGUACAUCGAAUGAACGUGGCGCAGAGGACGUUCAGACGGAUGGCCGGGUAACCCAGAUCGGUUUGCUUCGGCCGAUUCCUCGAGGAACGCUAGCCAGUACCGUGUCGUCCGUCGAACGUGCGUCAAAACCUCUCCCAUGGUUUAAAGAGUCCCAUUAAAGCGGUUUUUCAAAUAAUUAACCAGCGAUUGUCAGUAGUGCAAUUGUCCCAGUCAGAGGCCCCCAAAAACGGGGACUUUUAUCGGCGGAGAUUAGGGUGGAUUUGUGAGAGGAAUAUCAGUGCGUUUGUAACGCAAAGCAAUUCUCAGUAUGACCACAACGAAUUGCUGAACAUUGAAUUGUUCUCACAUGACGGAGUAAUUGGUGGAUUCCAACGAAAGCGAAGAACAUUAGCCACGAUGAUGGUAACGGAAAGGCUGAGUCUGCACACCAGCUAUUGUCUACUUCUCAUUACACUUGUGUGCCCCCCUGUCCUGGCCGGAGUCAAGGCCAUCACAGAGGAGCGGCCAUUGUUCAAUGAAACUGAGAGCAAUGAUGUGCCACUGAACAACGAAGUAAUCACCAGUUACGAAGGUGAUCAUCAUUCGACGCCUCAUCCCCACUCGAUGGAGAACAAACCAUCGAAAUUCGACAUGGACAUCUCGGAGACGAUCUACAUGGACUCGAAAAAGAUCUCCGAGAUGGAGACACAGGUGGACAGUUCUGUGAAGCGAAGGAUCAAGUGCCAAAAUUCGAUAUCGAUGGAUUGUUUGGAGCGAAAAUUAUCGUCUCUCAUAGAUAAUAUUUCUCAGAGGAGUACGUUGAAUGUCACCGAGGCGAUUCAAGUGGUGAAAACCGAUGCGACGACGCCUGUCUAUCCGGACGAAGGACUGCUGGAGAAGGUCCACAGGUUCGCCAAGAGUCACGUGAUGAGGAUCAAUCUGGAUAAGGAGUUGAUGCCAACUCAGGAGUCCAGAAUGUUCUUUGGAGCUACAGCUAAUGGACAGAAUCCCUUUUUAACCGGCUUCGGACUUGGUUUUUUAGCAUUUGGACUGAAGAAGCUCAUGAUACCGUUAUUCAUCGGUGCACAAAUAAUCAAAACAAUGCUGGUUGCCCUGUUCCUUCCAAGUAUCAUUGGAAGUAUCGGUAAAAUUGUUGGAAAAGGCCUUACUUCAUUUGCUCAAGGCUCAGGUGGUGCAGCACAACCCGAGGAGAAUUUUGAGUUCAAGGAUAAUUCAGACCUUUAUCGGGAUGAUUAUAUGAUGAAACAGCCACUUGGAACUUUACCGGCUUCUGCCAUGUACGAUGAGGGAAUGCUCAUGCAGCCGUCUCCCAAGCCGGAUUCCAGGCUGUCCUAUGUCGACUCUAGGUAUGCCGGGGCAAAUGGAUUCAAUGAUCGCUAUUAUACGAGACAUGUAGCCACUAAUGGACUGUCCAAGACUCAGGAUUUCAAGGUUUUUCACGAGAUACCAACGAGUUCGCUGCUGUUGACGAACUACGACCCAUUCUAUUCACCACUGCUAUCUCGAUUGGAUGCGGUAUUUUCGCGUCUCGGCCAUACAAACGAGUUAUGCCGUGAGUAUGCAGUUUGUGCGAUGUACAGGAGUCCAGCAAGAUACGCACCAUAUUCCAAUUUGGUGUCUGCACAAUUAUCAAGAGAGUUGAAUGAGCUGAGAAGGCCAAGCAGUGACAAUCCCGAUGUCCUGCGUUUCUUCAGGUACAUGAAGGCUGCCAAGGACGGACAGGAUGGCAUAAUGUGCGAGAAGGCUUACUCAGGAUGUGAUGUAGCUAGGGAUGAUCCUAGUCUCAGGCAGAAUCAGGCGAUGCUCGCUACUUAUCAGGAUAUCGACAAGCUCGUGCAUGCAAGAAAUCUGUAGCUGUAGACUGCUUGUGUGAAGCUUUAGACUUUUUCAAUUACGCAGGAUUUAUAGUGAAAUGUGAAAGGAGAUGAGGGAAUGGUGAACUUUACAGACUGAGGUGACAGUAGAUGCAGAGAUCAUUGGUCGAAAGAUUCCGCACAAAAUUUGAUAUGAGUGAUAACUUACACUGAGAGAAAAAUGUCAUAGAUUUUAAGGAUUUAUGGAUUUUUGGUCGAUGCACGUUCUUUCGUAUGAAAAUAGAAUUCCAUUGUUUCAACAUUUUAAAUCUUCAUUUUACCAAGGAGUUCCGUGUAGAUAUGACGUAUUCGUUUGAAAAUGAACGAUUUUUUCAUUGAAAAUAUCUUAUGGCAUACGAUUCCGUUGAUGUGGGCUGCAAUAGGUUCUCAGAUCGAUGGAAUGUGAUACAUUCAAAUAACUGUUUAAAUGUCAUGAAAUAUUCAACGAAUUGUAAGGAAUGUACGAUAGAUUUGAAUCCGCAUAUAAUCGAAUCAUGAGCGCAGAAAGAAAUUUUUAGUAGUUUAUAAAAUACUACCACAGUUAAAAAUGCCAUGGGACAUUGCACUACAAGACCAUAGGCCUAGGACGUCAUACGUCAUUUAUUCGAAAGUUACAUAUGUGAUAUAGUCAAAUUCAAAAGUGCUACAGUUAAAAUUUGGGAAAAUGCGAUUAUUAUUUUUUCACGAUUCAACAUAGUACUUUUCAUUUCAGUUCCCAGUACAAACACAGACAGAGGCCAGUAUAAUGUUCAUGAAGACAAAUACUGUCACCAAUAUUACUAUGUAGUAUAACAAAAUCACCAUUGAAUACAUUUAUUUUCGAGCAGAGUAAUUUCUUUAAAUCAGCUAUGCAAAAUUAAGGAAAUAGUAUUUUGUACAAGGUAAAGAAUUUAAUUUGGAUAUGGUAAUAUGUAGAAAAACGAAUUGAGUAUUUCAAAACUUUAUUUAUGUUUUGGUACUUAUUUGGGUUAUGCAGAGAAAAUUAAAAAAAAAUAUUUUAUAGGAAGUAAAUGCAAUGCUAACAUAGAAGUUUUUUCUUUAAAUUUCUUUCCGUGAGAUUUCUGUUUUGAGCCCUCAGAAUCAACGAUUGAGGUGUUUAAUCGCGCAAUCCAUUAAAAGUCCCCGGUUAUUUCACAUCAUUAGGGAGUUAUUCCGUUGAUGCUAUUGAAAAACAAUGAGGGUUUGAAUAAAAAUAAUUAUCCGUUAGUUCUACUACAUUUUUCUCUCAGUGUAUAAGUGAGAUAGAGCGAUUUCGACGAAAUUAUAUGUUGAAUGUCUCUGUAUAAUAUACCAGAUGUAUAUAUCUUGUAGAUAUGUACGGUGGUAUAUAUGUGCAGACAUUGCAUUUGUGGCGGAAAGUAUGUCACGCAUAAGCAGACAUAAGUGACAUUUUUUUCUGUAUAUAUUUUUUUUUGUGGGGGAAGCUGAUGACAAUUGGUAAUCUCUUCCGACGAUUUCUGAUCGAAUUCCGGGUGUUUUUUUCCCCAAUUUUUGUUUCUGAAGGAAGAACGCACAGUGGAAUAUAAGAAAAUUUAGUUUGGGGUCAGUAACUUCUUAAGGUUGUUGUCACGAUACAGUCGCUGUAAAAUGUUUAUGCGCUGUGAAACAAAGAUAGAUUGAAGCACAAUUUUUGGACAGUAUAAUCUCACUUGUUCGAUUGCGUUGUGAAUGGACAGGUAAAACAUAACUAUGUAUUGUUCGUUGCAAAUAUUUUUAAUCAUAAAAAUGUAUGACCUUAAUGGAAUUAUUACUUAAAAAGAAAACGGUCCAUCGAUUUCAAUUUUUUUCGCUGUAUUUAAUGAUAUGAUUUGUCAGUUAAAUGAUUUUUCACUAUCUGAAACAGGCGCUGAUCAUUUUACAGCUUCUUUUGUUAACUAUUAACCACAAAAAUGCAAAAAAACCAUCGAGAAAAUAUUUUAGAAGACAACAACCUUAACUCCAUGAGCAAUUGAAGGAUUUCUGAUGGUUAAAGUAUCAAUCAAUUUUUCUCCUUACAGAGCGACAAUAUUGAUCAGCAUUCGUUUAGAAUUUCAAAUCAAUCGGUUUCGUUUGUCUUUGCACAAAUAUGAUUUUCUUCUUCAUGUGAGAAUAUAAAACGAAAUUUUUAAAUCAUCAAUCUUUUUGGUCAGCGGUCCAUCACAGUCACGACUCCGAUAAAGAAAAACAACAAUUAUUAUUUUAUGGAAAGAAACGAGUAAAAUCUCACGUUUGAAAAAUCAGUAAGGAAUAUACAUUAAAUCCAAACAGAAAAGCUCACCAGAAAAAAUACACAACUCUACCGCUGUAGAAAAAAAAUCCCUGAAUUGUUCAAGGAGAAACAACCUCUGAGAAAAUUUACACAAUAAGUUCUCCAAAAUUAUUCAAUGGGGGACAAAAAUCCGGUCACCUUUCCCUUCAUCCCAGGUGACAUUGUCGUGUCGACAGAAUCGAAAGUCGAUCAUGAGAUUAUUCAUAAGCUGUGGACAAUUGUCAAAGAGAAUCAUGAGUGAUGAUAAUUGUAUGGUGAGAUUGGUACGCGAGGAAGAUGAAAGUUGAUUUAACAAUCUACUAGUUGCGGUUUUCCUUGGGUACCAAAUUAAUCCGACACUAAUGGAUCCUCUUGCAUUGUGCUGCGUGUGUUACGAAUUUAAUUGUUAACGACGCGUCGCACACUAUACGUACACAUGGAGCAAACUUACUUUCUUUAAGACUAGAUAAUUUAUUUAAUUUAUUGAUCUAUUUAAUUAAAUUAAAACGAA